UUGGGGCGAGGCGGCCGCAGGCGCGCUCGGCGGAGCGGGCUUGGGCGGUGGCGCGGGCAGAGCCGGGCACCGACGGUCCGCGCGCGGGGGUCCCGUCUGUCGCGCGCCAGACCGCCCGGCCCGGGUGCGGAGCGCAGCCAUGGGCCCGGGGCCUCCGGCGGCCGGAGCGGGGGCGCCGCCGCGGCCACUGUCGCUGGCCGCGCGGCUGAGCUACGCCGUGGGCCACUUCCUCAACGAUCUGUGUGCGUCCAUGUGGUUCACCUACCUGCUGCUCUACCUGCACUCGGUGCGCGCCUACAGCUCGCGCGGCGCCGGCCUGCUGCUGCUGCUCGGCCAGGUGGCCGACGGGCUGUGCACGCCCCUGGUGGGCUACGAGGCCGACCGCGCCGCCGGCCGCUGCCUCCGCCCCCGGAAGGCCUGGCACCUGGUCGGCACCGUCUGUGUCCUGCUGUCCUUCCCCUUCAUCUUCAGCCCCUGCCUGGGCUGCGGGGCAGCCACGCCCGAGUGGGCCGCCCUCCUCUACUAUGGGCCCUUCAUCGUCAUCUUCCAGUUCGGCUGGGCGGCCACGCAGAUCGCCCACCUCAGCCUCAUCCCGGAGCUCGCCACCAACGACCACGAGAAGGUGGAGCUCACGGCCCUCAGGUACGCCUUCACCGUGGUGGCCAAUAUCACCGUGUAUGGUGCCGCCUGGCUCCUGCUGCACCUGCAGGGCUCGCCAACCAUGGAGGUGGCCCGGGAUGUCACUGACCAGCUGGGGGUCCAAGAUGUGCAGGUGUUCCAGAACCUCUCGCUGUUGGUGAUUGGAGUCGGAGCCGUCUUUUCGCUGCUAUUCCAUCUGGGUACUAGGGAAGGGCGCCGGGCUCCGGUGGAGGAGCCGGACGAACACAGCCCGCUGCUGGCCCCCGUGACCGCCCGGCCCCUGCUGCUCUGGAAACACUGGCUCCGGGAGCCGGCCUUCUAUCAGGUGGGCUUGCUGUACAUGAGCACGAGGCUCAUCGUGAACCUGUCCCAGACCUACAUAGCCAUGUAUCUCACCUACUCCCUCAACCUGCCCAAGAAGUUCAUCGCCACCAUCCCGCUGGUGAUGUACCUCAGUGGUUUCUGCUCCUCCUUCCUCAUGAAGCCCGUCAACAAGUGCAUCGGGAGGAACCUGACCUACUUUGUGGGGCUUCUGGUGAUCCUGGCCUUCGCCGCCUGGGUGGCGCUGGCAGACAGGCUGGGCGUGGCCGUGUACGCAGCGGCUGUGCUGCUGGGCAUGGGCUGCGCCACCAUCCUCGUCACCUCGCUGGCCAUGACGGCCGACCUCAUCGGCCCCCACACGCACAGCGGAGCCUUCGUGUACGGCGCCAUGAGCUUCUCGGAUAAAGUGGCCAACGGGCUGGCAGUCAUGGCCAUCCAGAGCCUGUAUCCCUGCUCCUUGGAGAUUUGCUGCAGGGCCUGCAUGGGCUUCUACCGCUGGGUGAUGGUGGCCGCCACCGGUGGUGUGGGCGUGGCCGCCACCCUCUGUCUGUGCAGUCUCCUCAUCUGGCCCGUCCGCCUGCGGAGCUGGGACCCUGGAGCCCAGCCCUGACGCCACACGUGCCAUGGUCCCCAUCCUGUGCACAUGAACUCUGUACAUUCCAGGCCCAGCUGAGGCCAGGAGCAGCCCUCCCUCCGUGCCACCCCCAUGUCCCAUCCCUACCCCUCCAUCCUUGCCUGGCUGUGGGGGCAGGAUGGUCAGGAUCCCAGACACGGAGCUCAGCCCUCUAGGAUCCAAGGGUGCGCCCGGCUCACCCCUCACCCCGGGCUCAGCUGCGGUUUCCUACAUGCCGCCAAGUCUCUCGACCACGGCGCGGUCACAGCCUGACAUGAGCCUCAGGCGGGGGUGGGGAGGAGCAUGUCCUAUGCCCUGUGCCCAGGCCACUGCUGGCCACAAAUAAAGAGCCACCCGUGGGUGAGGACUGUGGCCUCAGCUGUGUGCCUGGAGCCCAGAGUGGGGCAAGGGCAGCUGGUACGCCCUGAGUCUGCCUCUGGCCCAGUUUUGGUCACCUGGGUCUUGGUUGGUGGCUCCCUUUAUCUGGCCGCCAGACCACCCAAGGCCCCCUGGGUCCCCAGAGGUGGACAGAUGCACGGGGGUGGGGUCCCUGCAGAGGGUGGCGUCGGGCAGCAUGAACUUUAUCAGUGGAUGGGCGUGUAGAUGGAUGAGGGCCGCUGGUUGGUGGAGGGGCAGUAAGGUUCCAGGUCCCACUGCCUGUAGCUCUGGGUGGUGUAGCGCGGGCGCUGGGGUGCCGACAGGAAUGGCACGUAGUCAGACCCCUGCCACGGUGUCUCCACCCGGUACCGGUGCCUGUUGACCACUGUGGGGCCGGGACCAAGGUCACCUCCUGUCCCCGGGCAGUUUGAACCCCAGCCGAGGUGGCCUUGCUCCCCCCAACCGCCCCUCCUCCUCACCGUAUUCCUUGCCCCGGAUGGGUCUGUCUUUCCACAGCGUGCUCCCCCACCGCGUGCUGGGCGCCCUGUACUGGGCAGGGAGGACCGGGUCGUACCAGGCAGUCUCCCGGAGGCGCUGGGUGUAGGCUGUGGGGGUGUGUGUAGGAGGUCAUCUCUGGCCUUUGCCCUCCCCUUGGGGCUAGCCUGGGAGGGGGGUGGCCGGGCUGAGCACUCACCCGAGGGCAUGCUUCGCUCCUGGUGGCUGUGACAUCCGUGCCAGCGGGCGUAGGCCUCGCGGUACGGGCUGUCCAGGGCCCGUGGGAGCGUGUACCAGGCUUCACGGGACUCGGAGUUGGUCAGGCCGGUGUACCACAGCUGGCCAGCUGCAUCGCGUCCCAUGGGUGCGUAUUUCCAGCACACUGCCUGCCUGAUGGCCGGUGUCCAGCGGGGCCCCUCCAGGGACAGGUAGUCAUCGCUGAGGGCGUGAGGGCAGGAGACAGAGGCUGAACCUGUGGCCCUCCCCUGCCCUAGAAUGGGCCUUCCCACCCUCUGCCCUGCACUGCUGGCAUGCACACUCCCGGCCCAGGCUGGCAGAGGAGUGGGGGGGGGGCAUCCUGAGCCCUGUAGCCCCUUCCCUCCAACCUCCCAGGGCCCUCAUUAAACCUUUUACUAUUUCAGCACUUCUGGCCCGUUCCCCCAGGGACACAGGGUGACCGGGGGAGCACCUAUGCCAGGAGGCCUCUGCUGUCAGAGCCUGUUCUAGGCUGGGCGUUAGGAUGGCUUCCCUAAGGAGGCAGCCGCGGCCCAGUGCAGGUGGACGUACAAAGGCCCUGGGGCAGCAGGACACAGUGUAAGGAGUGGGGGCUGCGGAGCAGAGAUGGGAGUAUGCUAACAAUGAUCAAGGUCGAGGGAUGCCCGGUGACGCAGACUCUUGAUCUUGGGGUUGUGUUUGAGCCCCAUGCUGGGUGUAGAGAGGGCUCAAAAAUCUUAAAAAAAAAAAAAAUUGAAUCUCUAUAUGGUACCAUUAAAAAUAAAAAUGGAAACACCCCUCCAAAGGGGAAAGGAAGACUGAAAAGUGAAGGAAACCACCAGAGCUGCUGAAGGUGUGGGGAACUCGCUUGGGCAGAAGCCUCAAGUGGCUGUUCCUCCCGGAAGGCCUGCUAGGAGCAGGGCUGCCCGAGAGGACAGGACAGCAGGCGCAAGACCGUCCCGGGGAGCGGCUGACAGCAAGCUCUUUCACCUGCUCGGCCCGGCUCAGAGUUCUCACUCCCCUGGAUCUGAAUCAGAUCACAGAAAGCUGGAAACCCACACGUCUCAUCGAGGUGGGGUGAGCCUGGAAGGUUCUGGAACAUCAGUCUCGGGAACCUGACACACACUGGGUUUGCCACGCACUCAAAGGGGAACUUCACGAUCAUCUUGUGAAGUGAACACUUCUGAACUGUAAUGCGCACAGGAUUUGUAAAACCCAAGGACGAUGGUCUGACAAUGACAAGCAGGUCUCUGUCGAAUCAAUGUCAGUUUAACAAAUGCAGAGCAGCAUUUUUUCCAGCAGUUAGAGCUGGAAAAAAAAUACAAAACCGAAAUGAACGCCUG